AUGGCUAUAUUUGGGAAAAAGCGGUCUGACAAGGACCGCACAGCCAAACAGGGGUCAUCUGACGCGCCUGGUGCGAUCGUGACGGAUCCCAACCAAAUCCAUGCGAAUGCGCCGACACUAGGACUUCGACUCCCUUCGCAUACUCCGCAGCAACAGCAACAACAACAACAACAACAACAACAACAACAACAACAACAAGGCGGCCGAACGGGCUUCGUGUCGCGUAUUGGAUCGAACCCACGCAGUGCUAAUGACCCCCGCGAAUCCUUCGAAGACACGAGCUUGAUGUCACAUAUGGUGACGGACUCUAGCAUACGCUCGCCUGGGCGGUUGCAGACCGCUCACGUCUCAUCAUUAUCUCAUACCGGAGGUGGAACUAUGGCAAUGCCUUCGGGAUCGAUAGGUCAUCCAAGUCCGGGUAUAGCUGCUGCCACGGGCCUCACAAGUCCUGGCGGUGUGUAUGGUACACCCAUGACGGCAGGUGCAGCAGGCGUACUACGGCCGUCCAUGGAUGACGGCUCAAGAUCAUCAUCACAACCGACAACAGCAGCCGCAGCCGCAGCCGCAGCAGCUCUCGCACAACGACAGCAGCAGGCUCCGAUGCCUAUGACAGGUGAAUUGCCAAAUGGCUCAAUGCCUAUGCCAGCACGAACGCCGCCUGUUGCAGGAGCUGGCGCAGCAGCAGGGNUGGGACCAGCUAUGACGACGCCACCAGCGCCGUCAACGCCGGAGCGGAUGCGACAAGCGAAUGUGGUGUAUCCGUGGGGCAAAAAGUAUGUGACGAUGAAUCCACCGCGCUUUCUAGACGAGACGCGAAGACCGCCACCAGGUGUACUGAGUCCACCGCCAUUCCCACGUUAUGGGCACGCGACGAACCAAGCUACAGGGUCGAAUCACGAGGUGUACAUCUUUGGUGGUCUCGUACGAGACAGUGUGAAGAACGAUAUGUACAUUAUGCGCAUUGAGCCUGUGCAAAUCCAGCGAUCCAGUGGCAUCAAGAUGGACAUCGCACUGAAUGCCACACUUGUUCAGACGUCGGGGCACGCACCUCUGCCGCGAGUAGGACACGCUGCUGUACUUGUAUCGAAUGUGUUUAUUCUAUGGGGAGGUGAUACCAAAAUGCGUGCAGAAGAUCCCCAGGAUGAAGCCCUAUACCUGCUGAACUUGAACAACCGGGAGUGGACACGCGUUCUUGCGCCUGGCGUGCAAGGAGCGCCGGGACCGGUUGGGCGCCACGGACAUACGCUUUCGAUCAUUGGCUCCAAUCUGUUCGUGUACGGUGGACAAGUCGACGAUGAGUACUAUGAUGAGCUGUGGCGCUUUGAUCUCAACACGCUCAAAGACACGCCUGUAUGGCAGCAUGUGCAGACGCCAACAGGCGGUCCACCGCGGCGUGCAGGACACUCGGCCGUCGUAUACAAGGAGCGCCUGUAUAUUUUUGGCGGUACGGAUGGGCAGUACCACUAUAAUGAUACGUGGUGCUUUGACUUUGCGUCUAUGACGUGGUCUGAGCUCAAAUGUGUGGGGUAUAUCCCGACGCCACGCGAAGGCCAUGCAGCGUGUAUGGUGGAUGAUAUUAUGUACAUUUUCGGUGGUCGUGGCGCGGACGGCAACGACCUCGGCGAUUUGGCGAGCUUCAAGAUCUCAAGUCACCGCUGGUUCAUGUUUGCACACAUGGGCCCAGCGCCAUUUGGCCGCUCAGGCCACACCAUGGUGAGUGUACAGAAUCGUGUGCUGGUGAUUGGUGGCGAGUCCUUUACGGGUGAAGCACAGGACGAGCCGACUGGUCUGCAUGUGCUUGAUACGUCGAAAAUCAAGUAUCCCAUCAAGACAGAGCGGUCAGGAGGUAGUCUCUCGAAAUCGUCUACGUCGGACGAAGCAGCGAUGCAGCCACCGCCACAGUCACAGUCACAGCUACAGUCACAGCUGCAGCCGCAGCCACAGCCACAGCCGCAGCCGCAGUCGCAGCCGCAGUCGCAGUCGCAACUGCAACCACAGCUGCAACCACAGCUGCAACCACAGCCACCGACGCCUGAAUCCGCGCAUCCGACAAAUCCAGAGCACUCCUCGGAUGUUGCACAUGGAGCCGAGGCCAUGCGCCAUUCGGAUCCACACUCGGCAGAUGGAAUCUGCGCUGUCGACGGCGGGAGCCGCGGCCGUCCCAUCGACAGGUGCUGGUGCUCCGCCGGCUCCCGCUACACCCGGCUCUGCCCAGAUACCUGCACCGCUCACGCCAUCGACACCGGGACAGACGCCUAUGACAACGAUGAACAACGCUCACGAGCGUACACCCGUGUCUGUGACGCCAUUGCUGCGCGAGAAGGAGUCGAAUGGGCUGACGAGGUCGCCUGA